AGCGCCCUGGUUCUCCUCCGCGGUGGCCCUCGGUCCCGGCCGCGGCGGGGCUGGAGGUCGUCCUGGGUAGGUUUAUCUCAGCGCCCGUAUGGAGGAGGCGGCUUGCACUGCAGCAGCCCCGGAUGCUCGCACUUCCCACUGGACGGCGACGGUGGCCGCGGGAGCGCUGGAGGGAGCGGCCUGUGUUGGGGUGUGAGCCAAGGUUCCUGGGGCCGAAUCGCCGAGGGGAAGUGGCGCGGCCCGCGUGCCGGCUGGGGUGAGGUUGCUGCUCCUUCCUUUGAGGCAAGCGCGAAGGGGCUGAUUUGCGGGCCAGCCUGCCGGUCUUAGGUCAGGGAACAGCCCCUCAGGGGCGACUUUCUUUCAUGCGUGUUCUGAGAUGGAAGCGGCUCUCCUAGUAAUCCGCCGUGAGGAAGUUCCUCGCAAAUGGGAUUGCCAUUCAAUCCCACGGAAAUCUGGCUCCUUGGCCUUGGCGGUGGCAAUAAGUUCUUUCGAGUAGGUUUGCCUUGGCUGAAGUACUCUGCCAGUAAAGUUUAAAACUUUAAAUGGGAAUAAAGGGUUGUAUUUACGAGGAAAUGAGAAUGAAUAAAUCAUCCCUGGUUUUCCAGAGAGAGACCAUAUUAAACUUACAUGCUCUCCCAGCUCUGAUUGACCUUCAGUUACAGGGAGUGGAAGCAGAGCAUAACCAGAUCUGAGAAUAGCAAAACAACUCAUUUCUUUCAGGGCAUUCACAUUGAUGUCCUAUUUUCAAACUAUGUGAAGACUGCAUCCCCCUGCCUCAGUACCAGCAGUUUCUCUGUUCUGUGAUCAAUGUGAUUCACAGGAGCUUCUUAAGUGACAAACGAAAUGAGCCCAGGGCGUGGAAAAUAUGAUUUCUAUAUUGGUUUGGGAUUGGCUAUGACCUCCAGCAUUUUCAUAGGAGGGAGUUUCAUUUUGAAAAAAAAAGGCCUUCUGCGACUUGCCAGAAAAGGCUCCAUGAGAGCAGGUCAAGGUGGCCAUGCAUAUCUUAAAGAAUGGUUGUGGUGGGCUGGACUACUGUCAAUGGGGGCAGGCGAGGUGGCCAACUUUGCUGCAUAUGCCUUUGCACCAGCCACACUAGUGACGCCACUGGGAGCUCUCAGCGUCCUCGUAAGUGCCAUUCUGUCUUCAUACUUUCUAAAUGAAAGACUUAAUCUUCAUGGGAAAAUUGGAUGUUUGCUAAGCAUUCUAGGGUCUACAGUUAUGGUCAUCCAUGCUCCAAAGGAAGAGGAGAUUGAGACCUUAAAUGAAAUGUCACACAAGUUAGGUGAUCCAGGUUUUGUAGUAUUUGCAACACUUGUGGUCAUUGUGUCCUUGAUAUUAAUCUUUGUGGUGGGACCUCGCCACGGACAGACAAAUAUUCUUGUAUACAUAACAAUCUGCUCUGUGAUUGGAGCAUUUUCAGUCUCCUGUGUGAAGGGCUUGGGCAUCGCCAUCAAAGAACUGUUGGCUGGAAAGCCUGUGCUGCGGCAUCCCCUGGCCUGGAUUCUGCUGCUGAGCCUCGUAGUCUGUGUGAGCACACAGAUCAAUUACCUAAACCGGGCCCUGGACAUAUUCAACACUUCCAUCGUGACACCAAUAUAUUACGUUUUCUUUACAACCUCAGUUUUAACUUGUUCAGCUAUUCUUUUUAAGGAGUGGCAAGAUAUGCCUGCUGAUGAUAUCAUUGGGACUCUGAGUGGCUUCUUCACAAUCAUUGUGGGGAUAUUCUUGUUGCAUGCCUUUAAAGACGUCAGCUUUAGUCUAGCAAGUCUGCCUGUGUCUUUUCGAAAAGAUGAUAAAGCAAUGAAUGGCAAUCUCUCUACUAUGUAUGAAGUUCUUAAUAAUAACGAAGAAAGCUUAUCCUGUGGAAUUGAACAACACACUGGUGAGAAUAUCUCCCGGAGAAAUGGAAAUCUGACGGCUUUUUAAAAAGAAAGACACGACUUAAAGGUUAAUUCAUAAUUAUGUUAUAAAGUGAUUUUGAAUAUCAGAAUCUGUCUGAAAAAGCAUUGUCCUCAAAUAAUGUUCUCUAAAGACAAUCUUUUUUAAGUUUUCACUAAUUUGAACCAAGAAGUUACUUUUCUUAUAUUUAAACAAUGGUAGCUCACUAAAAUGGCCUCAGUAUGUGGCCAAUUUCUAUUAACAUUGUAUUAUUGUAGAGGUAUUUUACAUUUUGAUUCUUCAAAAUCUAAAUGCACUAAUGACAAGUUUUAAGUCUAUAAAAAUGCUUUAUUUUUUCAUUGGU